AUGAUGGAAUCGCUACGGGAAAUACCUGUCACUGUAAGUCCAGUUAUGCUUGUGACCACGUCUUUCCAAAACUUGCACGGACGUUUAUAG